AUGGAUCUGUUCUCUCUCAAAGGCCGAACUGCUCUAGUGACUGGCGGUACCCGUGGCAUCGGGCAAGCCAUGGCAAUUGCACUGGCAGAAGCAGGAGCCGACAUUGUGUUAGUCCAGCGAGAUACAAGCAAUCUCAGCACAAAAGAGCAGAUUGAGAAACUCGGUCGCAGGGCCAUCAUAUACACCGCAAAUCUGGCUUCACAGCAAUCCGUCUCCCAGCUGGUGUCGACGGUGAUCCAUGAUGGACAUGAUAUCGAUAUCCUGCUGAACUGUGCCGGGAUCCAGCGACGCCACCCAAGCCAUAUCUUUCCUGACGGAGAUUGGCACGAGGUGCUUCAAGUUAACCUCACAACCGUUUUCACCCUCUGCCGUGAUGUCGGGGCAUACAUGCUCACACGUACCCCAAAUGCCUCAGGUCAGCGCGGGAGUAUCAUCAACAUCGCAUCACUAGUAUCUUUCCAAGGUGGGCUCACCGUGCCCGCUUAUGCCGCAGCCAAAGGGGGAGUCGCACAGUUGACCAAGGCCCUUUCGAACGAGUGGGCAUCCAAGGGAAUCAAUGUGAAUGCCAUUGCGCCCGGUUACGUCGCGACGGAUAUGAACACGGCAUUGAUCCAGGAUAAGGAGCGGGCGGCGAGUAUUCUAGCCCGGAUUCCUGCUGGGCGUUGGGGAAAUCCAGAUGACUUUAAGGGAUCGGUGGUGUAUUUGGCCAGCCGGGCGAGUGCGUAUGUGAGUGGUGAAGUGCACACGGUGGAUGGAGGAUGGAUGGGGCGGUAA